AUGACUCGAACCCGCCCCGACCCGAAGUGUACAAGUCCUGACACCGUACUUUUUUACGCUGAUGGAAACACAACGAUUACAGACGAUAUAAAACGUAUUCUAUUUGAAAUUGAUAUUGACACACGUCUCCCUAAGACUAAAGCCUACGCUGAUAUAAAGCAUUUGAGUUAUUUUAGAGAAGAAGAUGAAGUUUUGAUUAUGUCGGGAAGUAUUUUCAAGAUUAAACAACUUGAAUUUAAUCAACAUGAACAAAUAUAG